AUGGCGACCUGAUCUGUACGAGAAUAAAACAGCUCGCUCUCUAGCACAAAGACGGAAAGGAGCAGUCCUGCAUUCAGAAUGAAGCUUCACGCACCUAUCUUCACUUUACUGUCUUUCGCUUCACUCUCGAUUUUGGCCGAGAGCUCCCAAGCGGAUAACAAAGAACACCCGACUCCCAAGGAAUGUGAAAAUGAUUACUCCGGCUUACUUGCUACUGCUGCUGCUGGAGCCGCCGUCGCCGUUGCAGCUCCUCUUGCAUUACCAUUUUUAGGAUUCACCAGCGCUGGAAUCGUAGGUGGUUCCUGGGCGGCUUCCAUGAUGUCGGCCGCAGCCGCUGCCAAUGGCGGGGCUGUAGCUGCUGGCAGUGCCGUAGCAGCAAUGCAGAGUGUGGCAGCUGCAGGAGUAGGAGUUGCUGGCAAUGUCGGUCUGGCUUCAUUUGGCAGCGCCGUAGCAGCCGGAGUGAAAAUGGCUCAUGAGAAAGUCAAGGAGACCUUUGGUGGGGAAGAGGACAAUUAAGGACACACGAGUUAUAUAUAUAUACAUAUAUGAAUAUAUCUACAUGAAUUAAAAAGUAUAUAUGCAUAUAUAUGUAUAAUUAUGUAUAUGUACAUUAUACAUAUAUAAUUAUGUAUAUAUAUAUAUAUAUAUAUAUAUAUAUAUAUAUAUAUAUAUAUAUAUAUAUAUAUAUAUAUAUAUAUAUAUAUAUAUAUAAUUAUGUAUGUGUGCAUUAUAUAUAGAUUAUAUACAUAAUAUAUAUAUAUAUAUGUAUAUAUACAUAUUGUAUAUAUAUUAUGUAUAUAUAAAUCAUAGAUAUAUAUGUUAUAUAUAUAUUUUAGAUAUAUUAUAGAUAUUUUAUACAUAUAUAUAUAUAUAUUAUAUAUAUAUGUAUAUAUAUGUAUAUAUAUAUUUAUAUAUAUAUUUAUAUAUAUUAUAGAUAUAUAUUAUAGAUUUAUAUAUAUAUUAUUAUUUUUAUUUUUUAUUUAUUCAAUUAUUAUUAUUAUUAUUUUUUUUUGAUGAACCUUUUGUGCACUCAGUGGAGGAAUAAAUUAAAUCCAGACCACGAGCUACUCACAUAAUUUUUUAUUUUUUUUUUAUUUUAGGUUCUAUAGGAAAAAGAAAAUCAGAAUUAGUGUGAGAGUUAAAAAAUAAAAUUGCACUGUAUGUCAUUUGUGGCAAUUAAAAAUCAUAUAUCUAUAUACAUAUUGUUGCCAUUUAAGAAUUUUACAUAUAUAUAUUGGUGGCAUUUAAAUUUUUCACAUAUAUAUAUCCUUACUAGUUCUUCAUUGGAUUAGGAUUCAAUCCAGUGCUUGAUUAAAAAAAGAAAAAGAAAAAAAAAGCCUACUUAAGUAUAAAUGGUGUUAUCACAUGUUCAUGACAUUCAUUAAUGACAUUAAUAAAGGAUAUAGAGCACA